AUGCGUCCAGGUCGUUUGAGGAGGCCGGAGGCUGUUACCCACUCGCAUCCACGACCUUUACCGACUCCAACAAGACCUAUAGUUUCCCCUCUUCAGAAUCUUCUCCCCUCUGCUCCGGCUAGUCCCCCAACCCCUGCACCCUCUCCUACACCCCAGCUCCAUCGGUUACCUACGUGGUCCACGGCGAACGAGAACGAGGAUGCUAUCUUGAAGGAUGUUAGACCUCACUUCAGCAGGUUGGAUUCACAAGAGCGUCAGCGCUUUCUAGCUGAGAUCCUAAAUCUUUGCGACUCGCAACAAUUGAGCUUCGUGCUGAACUACGUGUCCCCGCGACUUAAGAAGGAUCCUUUCAAGUCGUUGCCGAAUGAGCUUUGUCUUAGGGUAAUUUCAUAUAUUGAUGACCCGAAAACGUUGGCCCGAGCCUCGCAGGUGUCAAAUCACUGGCACGGGCUUUUGAGUGACGACCUUACUUGGAAAAAGCUUUGUGAAAAGCAUAGUUACAGGCGCUUAAGUGGGACAGCAGCUUACGGCUCCAUGCAUCAUUCGCAUCAUGAUCCAUCACUCUUUAGUACCACUAACCCAAUUUCCCCCAAGGAUACAGGAUUUUCAAACCCGGUAUCAUCACCUUCUGGAUUUACCUCAGAGAUUUCACCCCAGUUUACUCGCUCAAAAAGGAGAAGGCCAAAAGCCACCUCAUACAAGUCCCAUUUCAAGCAAAGGUACAUGGUUGAGACUGCGUGGAGGACUGGAGGGAAUGCGAUUGCAAGGCACAUCACGCCUGAUCAGGGUGUUGUUACAUCUCUUCACCUUACUCCCGAUUACAUCGUCAUCGCCUUGGAUAAUGCCAAGAUACAUGUUUUUGAUGCAGAUGGUAAAAUUUUGAGGACCCUGACUGGGCAUGUGAUGGGAGUUUGGGCUAUGGUUCCUUGGGGUAACACAUUGGUCAGCGGUGGUUGCGACAGGGACGUUAGAGUGUGGGAUAUGGAGAAGGGAGAGUGCAAAGCGAUUUUACGAGGUCACACUUCAACUGUCAGGUGCCUAAAAAUGAGUGACCACAAGACGGCCAUCUCUGGAUCCAGGGACACAACUUUGAGGAUUUGGGAUAUCGAGAAGGGUGUUUGCUUGAAUGUUCUUGUUGGACAUCAAGCAAGCGUCCGUUGCUUGGAAAUUCACGGAGACUUGGUUGUGAGCGGUAGUUAUGAUACAACUGCUAAAGUCUGGAGUAUCUCACAAGGCACUUGUCUUCGAACUUUGACAGGACAUCUUAGCCAAAUUUAUGCUAUCGCCUUUGACGGAAACAGGAUUGCCACUGGAUCACUUGAUACCUCCGUUCGGAUAUGGGACCCCGCGACUGGAAAUUGCCUUGCUGUUCUUCAGGGCCACACAUCACUUGUAGGGCAGCUCCAGAUGCGCGGAAACACUCUUGUUACCGGAGGAUCUGAUGGAUCGGUCCGUGUUUGGAGUCUGGAUAAAUAUGCUUGUGUGCAUAGACUUGCCGCCCAUGAUAAUAGCGUCACCUCGUUACAGUUCGAUGAAACAAGGAUCGUUAGCGGAGGAAGCGAUGGUAGGGUUAAGAUUUGGGAUCUGAGGUCUGGCCAACUGGUUCGGGAGCUAUCGAACCCUGCGGAUGCGGUCUGGAGGGUUGCUUUUGAAGAGGAGAAAGCUGUCAUUUUGGCUUUAAGGUCGAACAGGACGAUAAUGGAGGUAUUUUCAUUUUCACCACCACCCGAAGCCCUGAGUGAAUACUACCGGGCCUCAAGUGCUGCAUCGGAAGAAUCAUCUGGAGUGUUUGAACACGAAAACGACGACGCAACCAUGGACGACGAUGGCGCCCCCGGCUCCGAGAUGGAAUCGUAA